AUGACAAGCACAGUGUGCAGGAAAGAUUUUUUUGAGUUCAUUCCUCUGCAGUCAGCUACAUCUGAGUCCAUUGCUGCUGCAUUAUCAGAGCGUCUUGCUGCCAUCAUUCCUGAGGAUCAGAAAAGCAAGCUAAUCUGCCAGGUGUAUGAUGGAGCCAGUGUGAUGAGGGGUGCCAAUGCAGGUGUUCAGAGGAAGAUCAAAGAUGUGUACCCAAAUGCCCAUUAUUUCCACUGCUAUGCACACCAACUCAACCUGAUCAUGCAACAGGCCACCUCUCACAUUUCCAAGAGAGAUGAUCUCAUUCAAUGUUUUGAGAACAUACGAGAUUCGGGUGAUUUUGACUCCAACACCAUCAGAGAGGCAGGAGCCAUGGCCAUGCUGCUGGAACAUCAGGACUUUAAGUUCUUCCUUGAACUUUUUCACCACAUCAUGCCACUUGUGGACCUCCUCUAUGCCAAGCUCCAGAAGAAGAACAUAGAUGCAGUCCACAUCAAAGGGAGCAUCCAGCAGUUUGAACAGGACAUACAAAACAUAAGAAAUUCUCUCCAUUCCAUGAGUGAGCAAAGCAGUGGCUCUCUGACAGCAAAACGGCGUCAAGUACUCAGUUCAGAGGAUCGUCAGAGUGCUGCAGAAGAGAUCUGCAACACCAUUCUGAGACACACCAGGGAGCGCUUCAACUUCACCGACCAUCUUGUCUGUGCCACCUUGUUGCAGGGGGACAGGUUUGAGGAACAUCACGGGUCAUUUCCCGAAGAGGUGCUGCAAAGCACUUUGAAGGCCUACCCAAUGCUGAAUGGAAGCAAGCUCAAGACAGAGCUCAGUCUCAUCUACAGCAAAGCAGAGUUCAGAGCCUGUUGUGGUGCAGUGGACCUGUUCCAGCUGUUCAUGGAGAACAAUCUUCAAGAUGUUUUUUUCAGAAACGGUCACUCUUUUAAAGAUCCUUAUUACCACACCUAUGACCACAGCUGA